UCUCUCUCAAAGCUAUGAUGGCCAUGGCUUCUUCCUCCUCCUCCUCUUCGACAUGGAUCUUUCACUCUAAACCUCCAAAGCGCGAGAUCUCUCACUUCUAUCUUAACGAAUCGAUCAGAAUCAAGAGAAGAACUCAAAGGUUGCUGAUCGUCAAGUGCUCGUCUUCACUUCAUGAAGAGCCUCCUGUCGUUAGCAAGACGAAGAAGGAGAAGGUGAAGAUUGAUGAAGAUUUGAGUUUAACGGUGAAGAGUUCGACGCCGUUGAAGGGGCGGCGGCGGAGGAGUCCGAUCGAUCUUUGGAAGAGGAUUUUUCUCGCUUCCAAGAAAGUUAGAAGCAUCAUCUUGCUCAACGUAAUCACUGUUAUUUACGCAAGUGACAUUCCAGUUCUGAAGGAGGUCGAACAGAUUGUGGACCCUGCAUUUUUCAAUGUAGUGAGAUUUACAAUUACCGCUAUCCCCUUUGUGCCCUUUAUUGUAAAGGCACGUGAGGAUAGCCAGACUCGUUCAGCUGGAAUAGAGCUGGGUCUUUGGGUAAGUUUAGGAUACCUUAGUCAGGCCCUUGGGUUGCUGACAUCUGAGGCUGGGCAGGCAUCUUUCAUCUCUGCUUUCACGAUAAUUGUCGUUCCCUUGAUUAAUGGCAUGUUUGGAGCAACAAUCCCUUCUCUCACAUGGAGCGGGGCACUGCUAUCUCUCGUAGGAGUAGGUAUUCUGGAAUAUGGUGGCUCGCCCCCUUGUGUUGGUGAUAUUUUGAACAUCAUGAGCGCAGUGUUUUUUGGGGUGCACAUUUUUAGGACAGAGCAAAUCUCAAGAAACACAAGUAAGAAGAAGUUUUUGGCCCUUCUUGGCUAUCAGGUUUCUGUUGUUGCUUUGUCGUCAGCAUUCUGGUUCAUAUGUAGAGACAUUGUUAGUCAGUUGCUGCAGCUGGACACUGGAUCUGGAUCUGGAUCUGGGGAAUGGUCAUCGUGGUGGCAUUGGAUGGUUUCAUUUCCUUGGAUACCUGCAAUUUACACAGGCAUAGUCUCAACAGCACUAUGCUUGUGGGCUGAGAUGGAAGCCAUGCGUGAUGUAUCAGCAACUGAAACUGCAAUAAUUUAUGGUCUGGAGCCAGUAUGGGGUGCUGCAUUUGCAUGGUUUCUCCUUGGUGAAAGGUGGGGCUCCACAGAAUGGCUUGGAGCCGCUCUUGUAUUAUGUGGCAGUUUAACCAUCCAGCUUCUUGGAUCAACCCCUGAGAAGUCAUCUAACAAAAAAGGAGACCGCAGCAGCAACCACAGAAACUCAAUCUCCUCCAAUGAUCAAAAGGAUUUCUCCCUACUGACUGUUGUUGUCAAGACCAAAAAGAAUGAUGAUGAACUCUUCAGAAAGCGGGACAAGUUAUAACACAUGAUGAGACGAGGUUUGGAUGGCAAUAGAUAGUAGAGCUAUGACAUCUAUGAAUACUGAGGCUCAAAUUGGUGAAAGCUGCGAGUGAAUAUGGUAGUAGUUUCACUUGGCAUUCUAUGCCCAUGAUUUUUCCAUAGAAGCUCGCGAGUAUUCUUGGAGAAGUGAAGUUGCUUAGUAACGUGAUGAAGAUGUACUAUCCUUACUAAAGCAGGCCCUUUAGCAAGUAUAGGUUGGUAUAUAUAGCUAUUUAUGUAUAUACAUACAAUACACAUACAUAUACACAUACGAGAAAAUUGUUGAUCUGCAUCCAGAAGAUAGCAGAGGAACCGUACCCUCUUAUUAAUGAUGUAACAAAAUAGAUGGUUAAUUUGUCGCGCUAUCAACCCUGCACGUAUGAAAAUGGAAGGAGGCCUGUUAUCAUGUGAAUAUAAUAUAAGCUAGAAAGCGUGUAAAUAUAUACAAACUGAAUGUAUUAAAGGGAAUGUAACCUAAAGUGAUGUAAUUGCCAAAUGAUUUUUAACUGCUGCUUCAUUAUUAA